CGNACCGGCCGCUGGGGGUGGCGGGAUAGGCUGGGCGCGGCCGGUGGUGCGCGCGGUGCUGUCCAGGUCCCUGCGGUGCCCGCGGGCCCUCCGUGCCGCCGGCGCCAUGGGCAAUUGCCACACGGUGGGGCCCAACGAGGCGCUGGUGGUUUCAGGGGGCUGUUGUGGUUCUGACUAUAAACAGUACGUGUUUGGCGGCUGGGCCUGGGCCUGGUGGUGUAUCUCCGACACUCAGAGACUGUCUCUGGAGGUUAUGACCAUCCUGUGUCGCUGUGAGAAUAUUGAGACGUCGGAGGGGGUCCCGCUAUUCGUAACAGGGGUUGCACAGGUGAAGAUCAUGACGGAGAAGGAGCUCCUGGCAGUGGCCUGCGAGCAGUUUCUGGGCAAGAACGUGCAAGACAUCAAGAACGUCGUCCUGCAGACCCUGGAGGGGCACCUGCGCUCCAUCCUCGGGACCCUGACCGUGGAGCAGAUUUAUCAGGACCGAGACCAGUUUGCCAAGCUGGUGCGGGAGGUGGCAGCCCCCGACGUCGGCCGCAUGGGCAUCGAGAUCCUCAGCUUCACCAUCAAGGACGUGUAUGAUAAAGUGGACUAUCUGAGCUCCUUGGGCAAGACGCAGACUGCCGUGGUACAGAGAGAUGCCGACAUCGGGGUGGCCGAGGCCGAGCGGGAUGCAGGCAUCCGGGAAGCGGAGUGCAAGAAGGAGAUGCUGGAUGUGAAGUUCAUGGCAGACACCAAGAUCGCCGACUCCAAGCGAGCCUUCGAGCUGCAGAAGUCAGCCUUCAGUGAGGAGGUCAACAUCAAGACCGCCGAGGCCCAGCUGGCCUACGAGCUGCAGGGGGCCCGCGAGCAGCAGAAGAUCCGGCAGGAGGAGAUCGAGAUCGAGGUGGUACAGCGCAAGAAACAGAUUGCUGUGGAGGAGCAGGAGAUCCUCCGCACAGACAAGGAGCUCAUUGCCACAGUGCGUCGCCCCGCCGAGGCUGAGGCCCACCGCAUACAGCAGAUCGCCGAGGGGGAGAAGGUGAAGCAGGUCCUCUUAGCGCAGGCAGAGGCUGAGAAGAUCCGCAAACUCGGGGAGGCGGAGGCAGCGGUCAUCGAGGCUAUGGGCAAGGCAGAGGCUGAGCGAAUGAAGCUCAAGGCCGAGGCCUACCAGAAAUACGGGGAUGCAGCCAAGAUGGCGCUGGUGCUGGAGGCCCUGCCCCAGAUUGCUGCCAAAAUCGCCGCCCCCCUGACCAAAGUCGAUGAGAUUGUGGUCCUCAGCGGGGACAACAGCAAGGUGACAUCAGAAGUCAACCGACUGCUGGCCGAGCUGCCCGCCUCCGUGCAUGCCCUCACAGGCGUGGACCUGUCUAAGAUACCCCUGGUCAAGAAGGCCACCGGUGCGCAGGCAUGAGGCUCCCGGAGGCCCGCGCCCUCCAGCAGCUGUCUUCCUACCACAGCGACAAUGGGAUGUUACUGACUCUGGUGCCUUAUUUUGUAGGGACCAGAAGUGCUGCGUGCCCAGGCCUCCUCUGGCUGUCUCCCGCCUCUCCUGUGUCUGGCUGUCUCCUUUCUCUUCCCCGUCCCCCACCUUCACUUUCACUGCCACGUCCAUCCGGUCUGUCCCUUCCACCCCCAUCUCC